UCACGGGUGUAGCAAUAUGGCGGCUCUACAUUCAUUAGAGAACGUAGCUGACGAAAUUCCGCUUUUACCUCGUCUCGGCUUCCUCUGAAUGCUGAGUACAACAUAACUGUAAACAGAACAUUGAAUGUAAAGAUUAUUCCUUAGCAGGCAAUAGUUAGUUAUAUUUUUGGAGUUUGCUAGUGGACGAUGGUGCCCUGUAUCUUUGCGUGCGUUAUCUAGGUGGGCCCAGCGAGGCGCCAGGGACUGUAGAAAAGCGCGGGGUGCGCAGUGAAGGCUCCGGUCUCCUUAGUAGGAGAGUGGUCGGAGCCAUUCAUGGUUAUUGGAACAGGCACUGGCUGGAGACGUAACGCGCUGGUGGGGGAUGUCUGCUUUCUCAGAAGCGGCUUUGGAGAAGAAGCUAUCGGAGCUGAGUAAUUCCCAGCAAAGCGUUCAGACCCUGUCCCUGUGGCUCAUUCACCAUAGAAAACACUCACGGGUCAUCGUCACCGUGUGGGACAGGGAGCUGCGCAAAGCAAAACCAAAUAGGAAGCUAACUUUCCUGUACCUGGCAAAUGAUGUAAUUCAGAAUAGCAAACGGAAAGGACCUGAAUUCACAAAAGACUUUGCCCCUGUUAUUGCUGAUGCUUUCAAACAUGUUGCCAGUGAGACAGAUGAAAGCUGCAAGAAGCACUUGGGUAGAGUCCUAUCCAUUUGGGAAGAGAGGGCUGUGUAUGAGAAUGAUGUGUUGGAACAGCUUAAGAUAGCUUUAUAUGGUGAGAAGAAACCAAAGAAGCGCCCGUACCAAGAAGUUAAGGUGGCAGAGGGAGUGGAGGAGGAAGAGGAUGAUGAUGAUGAUGAUGAUAAUGACGAUGGUUCAGAAAAAAACUCAACUGACGAACCUCCACAGACAUCAGAUCUCAUUCAUGCAUUGCAAGAACUUGAAAACGCUGCUUCUGGGGAUGCAGCAGUGCAUCAGAGAAUAAGCUCAUUACCAGUAGAGGUCCAAGAUGUGUCUCUUCUGGACAAGAUUACUGAUAAGGAUUCUGGCGACCGGCUUUCGAAGAUGGUAGAUGAUGCCUGUAUGUUGUUAGCAGAUUAUAAUGGCAGGUUGGCUGCAGAGAUAGAUGAUCGGAAACAACUAACCCGAAUGUUGUCAGACUUUUUGCGAAGUCAAAAAGAGGUCCUUGAUGAGAAAGAACAGCAGCUGGAUGAAUUCAAACGCAAGUUGGCAAAAGUAUCACAAGUAAGAAAAGAACUUCGAUUACGUCUGCAGAGCCUACCUGAUCUGUCUCGCCUUCCCAAUGUCACAGGAAGUCGUGUUCAUUUGCCCUACGGUGGAGAUAUUUAUAGUGAUGAUUGACUAAAUGUCCUAGGUCAUAUUUUAUGAUGGCUGCUGUGGUCUUGGAUUAAAUUAGUCUGAUAUUAUUAUUUUUGUAUAUUGUUGACAGUGUGGCAGGAAAUUGAAUAAAUAAUUUCUCAUGUGUUUUAGGCUUACAUGUCAUACAUGAAUGGUUAAGAUAAUGGACACUGAAUUGGAUGUACGUACAUGCUUUUAGUAUUUUUAAAAUAAAUAAAAUUUGGAUAGAUUCUGAAGAGAGAAAAGCAAGCAAAGGGUAUACAAGAAUGUUUAAACAUAUGUAAUGAUUUACAUACAUACAACCUACUUUACUUACUGUAGUUCAGCUACUGACUGCAAUUGCUUUUUUUUCAUUCCUUCAGUAUGGUAACAUGUUAACAUAAUAUUAGGAUUAUGUUACAUGUAGUGGUAGUAAUGUUAAGACUGCAAGAAAAUUUAAGAAAUAUGACCUCUUAGGUUAAUUUACUAACAAAGGUGUAAAAUGCACCAGCAGGUUUAUCCAUCGUAAAAAUCAGAUCUUUGCUUUAAUUAUUUAAUGUGAGGUUGACUGAUCAAAAUGUAUUGCUUUGGUAACUGCUCCAGUGACACUAGUAUCUGAGCCCCGGUCUCUACAGUUUAAGAUUAGUUUAUUCCUUAGGGUGCUCUUUAUUUUGUUCCAUUUAUAGACCUGCACAUCAGUACACCUGCAAAAUCACUAAAUGAGGUAAAUGAAAAUAAAAUCUCUGAUAAAUACCUUUUGCGUAAAAAUGUUUGUAAUUGCUGUUAUUAAUGGGAAGGAAACCAUAGAAUAUCAGCUCCAUUAUUGAAGAAAAUCUAUAAUAGGCUUUGUACCAAUUUUGUUAUCAGUUUAUCAAAUAAGUAGUAUUUCCGUAAACAUAACAUUUGUGAAUUACCACUGCACAGGGCAUUCCCCUUUACAAUGGACUCCUGCUAGCAAAUCAGUUGCUACAAAGGGUUAAGGGAGGGGUGGUAUAAUGUUAAUCUAACAACCUACCUCACUGUAACUAAACAUGGAGUAGCUUUAGUUUUCCUGUUUAGCUUAAAAAAUAAGCAUAGAAGAGUUUUGAAAACGGAUAUAGAGAAACACAUUGCGUCAGUAAGAGCCUCAUCAAAAAAAUGCAAAUAUCAGUUGUUAUAUUUCAAUUUUUGUACAACUGCAGUAGUUUGGUAGUUUGUCUAAUAGUUUGAACAAUGUUUUUUGUUUCACACUAUUCUCUGGAAAGUGCAAAGGCUGGUGUGCCAAGUAUCAGAAGUUCAUUACUUCAAAUUAAGAAAAUUGACUUUAGAAACAAAAUUUCCAAUCUCAUCUUAUUAGUAAUGAGUAAUAAACUGAAUGGGUGUGCAUUACUGCAGAAAGCUGCAGUGGAUUAUGACAGGGAUGGUGCAGAGUUGUGGAUUGUCAUUUUGUUCUGUGCUAGACUCAGUAGAGGUUUGAUUCCAGGUUACAUUGGUAUUACCGGUAUAUUUAAUGCUAGCAUGAUAUUUUAAUUUUUCCCUGGCUGUACACAAUGGGAGCAGGCACCAGUACUUGAAAAGUGUCCUACAUUCAGCACUGGUGUCUGCUGCUGUGGGCUCAGACCCACAAUUCAGAUUGAAAUCAGUUAAACUUGCAUUGUUGUGUAGUGGAAUGCACAGAAAGCCUCUGCAUGACAAAGACAAGUAGAAAAGCAUGUGAAUACAGAGCAUUAGAUGUUUUCCCCACCUUCAUUAUUGGACUGUUUAGCAUUCUUUAAAUAUAAAGCCUGGACUACUUUAUGCGUAAACUGGACUGCUUGGGUGAAAAAUAUUAAAAAGUCAAAUUCCACAUAUGAUUAGAAAUUAAACUCUACCAUUUAAUUUGACAUAUUUUUGAUGUAAUAAAAACAUUUUGGUAAUAUUACAAUUACCAGAAAUCCAAGUAAACACUCGAUUUUUUUCACUGAACUUUGUGCUUGAGAUAUGUCUUGGAAACGUUCUUUUUUUAAAUCCUUUGUAUUAUUUGUUGUUUGUAUUUACUCAGCCAUGAAACUAAAAAUAUAAAAGAAUUGUCCAGAAUAAUGGUAAAGCAACUCAAUUAUUAAAUAAAUAGGUGGUAGGAAGAUUUCCAUUAAAACUAAUACAAAAUGCUGUGGAGAAGACAUGAAAAAAAUAAUAUAGGUGGAAUAUGCCAGUACAGUGAAGUAUUUGUACUGCUAUUCAAGCAUACCAUUGUUCAUUCAUGAGAACUUCUGCAAUUUAAAUGUAGACAAUACCUUUGCACACUGCAGUUGUUACAUCCAAUCCAAGUUGAAAUGCCUUGUGGAUUAAAUAUUUAUGUCAUUUCAUUGUACAUUUGUAAACCACCUUCAGUAUUGUUUGGAUGUUUGUAGUGUUGUUUCAUGUUUUGUAAAGAAUUCAAUGAAGAUCAUGGUGAAGCUGUUACACCGAUUGGACAGUCCGUUUGUUUAUGGUUUAACUCAAACCUUAUCUGGGUUGGAUGGCAACUGUAGAAGACAUUUAUCUUUUGACUCCUGAGUAUUGAUGUCACUUUUUGGUUAUUUUGUAAUAAUGGUUUUUUUGUUUUUAUACAACUGGUGAAAGAGUUACUUCCUAACAUAUCAUUUUAAGCAGUGUGCAUGUUGGAAACCAUUCAAUAAACAACUACCAAC